AUGUCAUAUUCUGGCGCUCCCGUCCAGGAGUUCUUCCACGGACUCCUGUUUGACAUGGAUGGCACUAUUAUCGACUCAACUCCCGCCGUAGUCAAGCAUUGGCACACCAUCGGAAAGGAGAUCGGUGUAGCCCCCGACGUGAUUCUAGAGACUUCUCACGGCCGUCGCAGUAUUGACGUGCUCAAGGUUCUUGCUCCUGAAAAGGCGAAUUGGGACUAUGUGUGCGAAAUGGAAGCCACCCUUCCCAGGCUCUACGGUGGAGACGCCACCGAGAUCCCCGGAGCAAGAUCCCUUCUAGACCCCCUCAUCAAGGCCAAGACAAACUGGGCCAUCGUCACCUCCGGUACCCUCCCUCUCGUCACCGGCUGGCUCGGUGUCCUCUCGCUCCCACGGCCAGAAGUUCUCGUAACCGCCGAGUCCGUCCAGGAUGGCAAGCCCGAUCCCACAUGUUAUCUCCUGGGUCGCCAACGGGCCGGCCUCCACGAGCCUGAGAAGAGGAUUCUCGUUUUGGAGGAUAGUCCUGCCGGUAUCAGGGCUGGGAAGGCUGCUGGCUGCAAGGUCAUCGGGCUUGUGACGAGUCAUACCGUUGAGCAGGUCGUCGCGGCAGAGCCGGAUUGGAUUGUCAAGGACUUGGAAUCGGUGAGGUUUGUUCAGUCUGAGGGUGGUGGUGUUACUCUGGAGUUCACAAACCUGUGGACCUCUGCCGUUUAG